AGAUCGUGUUUGAUGGUCGAGUUGAUGCUAAUAAUUUUGUCCAUGGGGGUAUUACGACACUUAGUAAGGAGGAGGAGGAGGUUCUUGUGGAGCAUUUAGAGGCAAUGAGUCUUCUUGGCUAUGGUUAUACCAACACUAAGCUGCAACAGAUAGCAGGUGAACUGGCUUUUGAUAUGGGAAAGAAAGAGAAAAACAAACCCAUGAGCAACAACUGGUUGUAUGGUUUUUUAAAUAGGUGGAAAACGCGUUUAGCAUCCUAUCUCCAAGCAGUAACUUCACCACGCUCUACCACAACAACACUCAUUGGUUGUGUCAAUGUCAUUGGUAAUACUGUUCCACCUUUCUUUGUGUUCAAAGGAAAAAGAUUUAAUAGUGACUUGAUGAAUGGAGCAACCUUUGGUGCAAGAGGGGAGAUGUCUGAUUCAGGAUGGUCGAAUGGUGAGCUGUUCUCAACAUACCUUAAGGAGCACUUUCUGCCAUAUGCAAGGUCAGGCACUGAUGAUUCACAAGUGAUUCUUCUGUUGUUUGAUGGUCAUUCUUCACACGUUUCACCAAGUUUAAUUAAGUGGGCAAGAUCUCGAAAUUUGAUUCUUUUCUGUUUACCAGCUCACUCAUCACAUUUUCUUCAACCACUGGAUGUUUCACUUUUUGGCCCAUUCAAGACAUUCUACUAUUCAGAAUGUUCCUCCUUCAUGCAGAAGAAUAUUGGACAGGUUAUCACCAGAUAUGACAUGUGUCAAAUAGCAUGUAAGGCGUACUUGAAGGCGAUGACACCUAUUAACAUUCAAGCUGGAUUCCGGAAGACAGGUAUUUAUCCUUUGUCUAAGGAUGUAGUUCCAAUGGAAAAGCUUUUUCCAGCUGAAGGCUUCAGGGAAGAAGAACCAGUUAAAAAAGUGAAAGCGCUAAGGCACGGAAAAGAGGCUGUUGAAGACUUCUUACAAAAGAAAACAGAGUCUACAAGUACAAAGACAAUUGAAAAUGUCAACAACCUAUGUCAAAAGUGCAAUGGUAGUGUUGAGGUGAAGAAGAAAAUGAAGAAACCUAAACCUAGUGGGAGAGCAAUUACAGAGGACAGCUAUUUGAAAGAACUAGAAGAAUACCAAGAGGGAUUGAAAGGGACACAACCAUCAUCUCAUACUGAUUUAGAAGAUAAGGAAAAAUGA